UACAGAAACUGUACUCUCCUCCGCCAUGUUGAAAGUUUAGGACUCUUUCCAUCUUCCCUCGGUCAUUCAUGUCCACUUGAAGGGCACACAUUUUUAAUCACUUGUCUGUGUUAUACCUUUCAUUCUGAAUGCUUUAAGCGAACAGUUUGAGAUCAUGUCAUCCAGCGGUUGUUUCUGGUAUUUUGCUUAUGGCAGUAAUUUACUGAAAGAGAGACUGCAACUGAAAAACCCAUCAGCAGUGUUUCACUGCAUCGGCAGAAUACAGGACUACCGGCUGAAUUUUGGUCUUUGGGGAGACUGUACUGACUGUGGUUGGCAUGGUGGAGUGGCCACGAUACAAGAGAGUGAUGGAGAGGAGGUGUGGGGGGUCGUGUGGAGGAUAGACAAUGCACACCUGAACAGUUUAGACAGACAGGAACAGGUACAUGAAGGUGUCUACAGUCCGUUAGAGGUGAGAGUGGACACAGAUGAGGGGUCACUUCUCUGCCGGACGUAUAAGAUGAACAAUUUCAGACCCUGUCCACCUUCACCACAGUAUAAACAGGUUGUAUGUUUAGGGGCACAACAGAACGGAUUACCUCAAAACUACAUACAAAAGCUUCAGACACUGGAAACAAACAAAUACAGCGGCACUUCCAUAUUGGAUCAGAUAACUGACAUCAAGAAAUGACCGCAGGAAACACCAGUUUGUUGACUUUUAUCAAGAAACGGCACUUAAGAUGUACAUUUUUUGUAUCAGGAUCUAUAGUUACUUAAAGAUACAUAAAAAAUGCAAUUGACUCUCAAAAAUACUUGAACGCACAUUUAAUGAUUAACAUUUUACAUCUAAGUGGUGUAACUGUCCGGAGAUUGUAAAAAGAAAAUAGUCUUAUUAAAAGGUUGAAAUGUUGGUAUAAGUAGUUUUAUUCUUUUAUUAUUAUUAAAAAAAAACAUUGAAGCUCAAAAAUGUAAGAAAUCAACAUGAAUACAAAGAUUACAUUUCUACAAACUUGGCAUCUGUGUUUUAAACUAGAGUUUAAAAAAAGAAAAUCCCAUUUAUCAUCUUAUACAUCUUUAUUUUUCAUUGACCCAUAAAAGUCACUUGAGGAAGAAACAAAAGGUUUAAUUGUUUCACUGUCAGAAUAAUUAUAUAAAGUUACAUACAUAAG